GCAACCUCAAAAUCACUUCAUAAAACAGAACUCAACAUAGAACAGAAACAUAUGUCAGCAGAAUAAAAUCAAAUCUAACAUAUAUAUACAUACAUUGAUACACACGAAUAUACACAUAUUAAUUAGGUACUCCUACUAUUAUAGGUACAACCAAAGUCUUGUUGUAUCUCCCCUAGUAGAUCUCACAUCACAACUAUUUCUCAGAUCUUUUUCUUUGUGUAGUAGAACAAACCAGAGAGAUUCUUACCAAAACUUCACAACAUCAAGAAAUUCCCUUAUCUUUCAUAUACUUUACUUUGUCCCCAAAAUUUACAACACUUUCUAAACAAUUACUCAAAAUCUACCCAUCAUUUAACUCCUUUCAAAACCAAAAAUCAAACCAUUGUUUCACAUUUUCAACAAGUUUCACUUUCAACAUUCAAAAAAGUGAAUAAAAAAAAAACAUAAUGAGAGCACACACCAAUUCCACAAACCCAUGUCUCAAAAUUCUCAUUUUUCUCAUUCUACAAACUUUUCUACCAUUCAUGACCCAUUUCAAAAACUUCAAAUCUGAAGCCAAGAUUCUAACUUUACCACUCAAAUCACAAGUAAUCCCAUCUGGGUAUCUUCCAAGACCACCAAACAAGCUUAGGUUUCAUCACAAUGUAAGUCUCACCGUCUCAAUUACUGUUGGCACCCCCCCACAAAACGUGACCUUAGUCAUUGACACAGGUAGCGAGCUUUCUUGGCUUCAUUGCAGUAAUAACACAACUAACCGGGUUUCAUCCGACCCGUUUUUUAACCCUAAUUUAUCUUCUUCCUACACCCCCAUUUCUUGCUCUUCCACCACCUGCACGACCCGAACCCGAGAUUUCCCCAUACCCGCUUCAUGUGACUCCAACAAUCAUUGUCACGCUACUCUCUCAUACGCAGAUGCUUCUUCCUCUGAAGGGAACCUUGCAUCUGAUUCAUUCGGGUUUGGAGGACCCAUUAACCCGGGUAUCGUAUUCGGGUGUAUGGAUUCGAGUAUUAGCACAAAUUCCGAUGGUGAUUUCAAUACAACCGGGUUAAUGGGUAUGAAUCUCGGGUCACUUUCAUUAGUUUCUCAACUCAAGAUACCCAAAUUCUCGUAUUGUAUAUCGGGUUCGGAUUUCUCGGGUAUUCUUCUUCUCGGAGAGUCCAAUAUAUCGUGGGUCGGGUCAUUAAACUAUACCCCUUUGGUUCAAAUGUCCACUCCUUUACCCUAUUUUGAUCGGGCCGCGUAUUCGGUUCGACUCAUGGGAAUUAAGGUUUCGGAUAAAUUACUAAAUUUAUCGAAUAUUAUACUCGCUCCAGAUCAUACUGGAGCGGGUCAAACUAUGUUUGAUUUAGGUACUCAAUUUACGUUUUUACUUGGGCCGGUUUAUAGUAUUUUAAGAGAAGAGUUUCUAAGUCAAACAAAUAGUACUUUACGGGUAAUGGACGAUCCGAAUUUUGCGUUUCAAUUAGCAAUGGAUCUUUGUUAUCGGGUCCCGUUGAACCAAUCGAAAUUACCCGAAUUGCCUAGUGUUAGUUUAGUUUUUGAUGGAGCCGAAAUGAGGGUUUCGGGUGAACAAGUUUUAUAUGAGGUUCCAAGUGGAAUUAUAGGGAAUGAUUCGGUAUAUUGUUUCACAUUUGGGAACUCGGAUUUACUAGGUGUAGAGUCGUUCAUCAUUGGCCAUCACCAACAACAGAAUAUGUGGAUGGAGUUUGAUCUUGUGAAUUCAAGGGUUGGUUUGGCCCAUGUACAAUGUGAUUUGGUGAGUCAGAAGGUGUUGGGCUAUGGGUACUUAGGCCCACAUGAUUGAGUGAAGUGUGGUCCAAGGUUUAAAGAGAUUAUGCAAAUUUGAUGGGUGUGGUCCAAUUCAUUCGUGCAAUUUUAGUGAAGGGGCCUUAUGGUGCAAAUAAAAGUAGAGGUUAACUUUGGAGAGAUUAAUAUGAUUAGUCUCUUGGUUCAUACAUCAUAUUAUUUUGUUAAUAUCUGAAAACGAAUAAACAUGUUAAAUUGAUGUGCAA